CUCGCUCUCGGCUUCAACAAUUUUGGAUCUUCUCUCCCUUUCCAUCCAUGGCUGCCGUUCCUAUUCCCACCCACAUGAAGGCCUGGGUUUACCAUGACUUUGGCAACACCCCAGAUGUUCUUAAACUGGAUUCCAAUUACCCAGUUCCUCAAAUCAAUGAAAACCAGUUGCUCAUCAAGGUUGUUGCUGCAUCUUUGAAUCCCAUUGAUUACAAGAGAAUCCAUGGAGCUUUGAAAGCUUUUAACUACUUCCCUCCGUCAAUACCUGGCUAUGAUGUUGCUGGUGUGGUGGCGAAGGUGGGAAGUGAGGUGAAAAAAUUCAAGGUAGGAGAUGAAGUUUAUGGAGAUAUAAACCAUAAAGCAUUGGAUAAGCCAAAAAAUGUAGGCACUUUGGCUGAGUACACUGUCACAGAAGAGAACGUUUUGGCACUGAAGCCUAAGAAUCUGAGUUUCUUAGAGGCUGCUAGCCUUCCCCUUGCCAUGGAAACUGCCUAUGAAGGUCUUGAACGGGCCGGGCUUUCCCCUGGAAAAUCGAUUAUUGUUUUGGGAGGUGCAGGGGGAGUCGGAGCUUUUAUUAUACAGCUUGCAAAGCAUGUGUUUGGUGCAUCAAAAGUAGUUGCUACUGCAAGCACAACAAAACAGGAUCUCUUGAGAAGCUUAGGAGCUGAUCAACCUAUUGAUUACACAAAGGAAAACUUUGAGGACCUUGAUGAAAAAUUCGAUGUAGUCUACGACGCAGUUGGUCAGCCUGAUAAAGCGGUUAAGGCGUUGAAAGAAGGCGGAAGUCUUGUGAGCAUCGCUGCACCAGUUCCAGGGUUCCCGGAUGCUUUCUUCCUCCUCACUUCAGAUGCUGUCAUGUUGGAGAAACUAAAUCCUUAUCUGGAAAGUGGGAAGGUGAAACCGCUUAUCGACCCCAAAUCUCCAUUCCCAUUCUCUGAUACCCUCGACGCAUUCGCGUAUCUCGAAACCUCCAGAGCUACUGGAAAAAUUGUGAUUUAUCCCAUCCCAUAGAGGGAAGUUGAUAGUAGUUUUAUGUGAUGUGUACUGGAAAGUCCCUUGUGUUUGAG